AAUACUUACUAAAGCAGCUUGAUUGGUUAAUUGUUGAACAGACAAGGAGAAAAGAUAUAAUUUCAGUACUGCUAUGGGGAAAGCAUGCAAACAUUUAGAGAAACUGCUGGUUGUAAAGUACAAACAGGCACGGUUGAGCUCCUGUAACAAUGGAAUUUCACAAGUAUAUAGGGUAUAACUGGGUUGCUGAAAGGAGUACAGUGGUACCUCGGCUCAUGAAUGCGUCAGUUCACGACCAAAUUGGGUCGUGAACAGAAAUUUCUGAAAAAAAUUGCCUCAGGUUGCAAACUCUGCAUCGGGUGACGAUCACGAUCACAUCCAGGAUCACACACGUCUCCCCCUGAGCAUGCCUGCGAUCGCGUGCAUCUCCCACCAGCACGAUCGUGCCCAUCUCCCCCGCAAGCAUACCCGCAAUCGCGAUUGCGGUCCGCUCGUGCAAAGCAGAGGGGUUCAAAAGAGCUAUGGUUAAGGUAAGGAACGCAUCUGGGCAAGGAAAGAGUUAAUGUGGUUGGCUACACUGGCUCAGUUAAGGUGUGUGAGUGUGGGGGCAGCAGCAUGCUCUGCCUGCCUCAUCUUGAGCACCUCAAACUCCAUUUUUGUGUGGGAGGGGGAGUGAGGGGUUGGGAGAGUUUCAUGAAUAUAAUAAUCAUCAACCCAGUAUGAUUGUACUCCUUUGCUUGCACUUGGCUAUUUUUGGGUGGAUAGGGGCUUCCGCAGUGGCAAGUCAUUUCCCUGAGCACAAAUACUUCGAUAAAAUCCAUUUCCACAAUUCAUGCAUUUACAAAGCUUGACACUCAGGAAGAAAGUAUGUCAGGUCGGCAGCCUCGUGAGAGCUUGCCCCAACAUGCCCCAUGCCACUCCGGCUGGUGAGCACAAAGGCCGCUGUUUGCCUCAAGAAAAAGUGUCAAGGUGUGUGUUGGCUGAGUGAGCACGUGUGUAUUGGUGAUGCUGGUUGAGAUGGGAGAUGCUGAUCUGCCCGCAGUGGCGCUCCCUUGCAAGGCCCUGCCGAGCACCGGGUUGCUGCCUGGAUGCACUUUGGCUUGUAAUUUUCUGGGGAAGGUGCAAGAAGACCAUCUUUUCUUUAUUUAAAACAUAAAAGGCAGUGCACCUCUGCAAUCGCCCCCCCCCCACAGCUUCCCUUUUGCGUUUCCCUGAAUGGGCUCCCUCCCAUUCCCGCAGUUUCUUUUUAGCCACGUCUGGAUCGGACCUCUCCAGCUUAAACGGUUCACCAUUUUUUCUUUUUCUCUCUCUCACCUUCUAUUUUAAAAAAAAGAAGGAAAAAAAACCCUUCUCUCCUUUAACCGCGUGGAGAGAAGGCUGGCACUUUCUUUUACCUUUCUCAAUCUCCAGUUCUCUCUCUCUUCCUUGAAUCGCCCAUGUGCGCUCCUCCAGGGACCGCAUGGCCAAUUCAAUUCCAUGUUGCUGCACCUCUUGCGCAGCUAGAUGCCUGCCAACAAUGGGCACCCUAAGUGCCCCCUCUGCCUCGGCAAGGGGCACAUCGUGGAGACUUGCACCCAUUGCCAGGCCUUUAAGAAGCAGACGCGCCGGCAAAGAGCCACGCGUCUUAAACGGGCCUUAUGGUGGCAUACCCUCACAUCCUUUACCCCAAGAGUGGAUAACUCUCCCAGGGAAGAUUCCUCUAAGCCCACCAGGACAAGGAGGAGGACAGGGGAAGGCCCCUCCAACACCACGGCGCCGGUGAAGAAAAGAAACACCACACCGUAAAGGAACUGAGGGGGAUCGUCACAGCAGCUAGAGGUUUCCCCACUCUAAAGCUCCACAACCUUCAACUCUCUGCUGACAGGGAGGCCAUGCCCAGUGGAUUUUUACUCGGUUUCAUCGGAGACCCAUGCUCCCCUCGCCAGGCCCAGGCCCCAGGCCUCAAGGAAGAGGCUUAGGAGGGCACACGUGCACGGAGCCUCUCUUCCUCUAACAACUCUGUUUCCAGAGAGCAGGCGCAAACAUUCUCCUGCCUCACAGCCAGCGCCCAGGAGGCAUGCGCGAGGCCGAGACAUGGCGCUCAGAUCACACCAGCAGGAAGCAGAGCUCUUGUGGAUAGGAUUACAGCACUGCAGCUCCUCGCCAUUGCAGGAUCUCACCUAGUGGCGAGUCGAGCAGCACCUCCAGAUACGAGGACAGGCCUCGAAGGCCCAACAAGCACUGCUGGCACAGCGAGGACUCUGCAAGCAACGUGGCCUACCCCAGCCCGCCCCCCACCAGCGCCACCACUCCUGCAGCCCUGCUUUGUUCCACAAAUGCACAUGCGCCACCAAUCGGGACAAGAGCACCUGCCAUUGAUGGUCUAUAUUGCAGGACUCAGGUCAGAGCCACUCCCCUUCCUCGGGGUGCCCCACUCCCCUCCCCACUCCCUAGAGGGGCAGGCCUGGGACCAGGAUCUCUCCUUUUCACCUGCCAAGGGGAGUAGUUUCUCUGAUAUGGUGCUCUGCAUGGCUGAGGACUUAAACUUCCAAACCUGCCAGCCCCCUAAACCUGAGGCAGACCCGUGCUAUGAUGCACUUGCCUCUGGGGACAACACCACAGUGUCCAUCCCGGUCAUGCUUGCCCUGCUGCGCACAGCACAGCAGUCCUGGAAGGCCCCGUCUGACCCUCUGACCACCUCAUGCAGGGCUGAAUCCAGGUUUAAAGUUAUGGUCAAGCCGUUCCCCCUCCUACUCCACCACCCUAGGCCCAACUCCAUCAUUGUGGAGGCCAUGCAGGGUUCCUCACAAAGGGACCAGUCCACCCCAGUGGACAGAGGGGCGCCGCUUGGAUGCUAUGUCCAAAAAGUUCUAUGCUGCGGCUGCACUUGGCGUCAGAAUAUCCAACUAUGAGACCACUAUGGGAAAAGUUGGGAGCUAUUGUGGGCCAGCUCCUGAGCACCUGCAUGAACCCGUCUGCCUCAUGCACACUGAGGCUGAGGACCUCUCCAGGUUCCAGCUGGAAGCAGCUCGAUAUAAUGUCAACUGUGACAGCAAGGCCAUGAUGAGAGCAGUGGCUAUACGCCGCCAUGCCUGGUUGCAUUCUGCCUCUCCCCGCUGAAACCUGAGCCUGCUUUGAAGACCUGCCCUUCGACACCGAAGGCCUCUUCAAUACCCAAACUGACAAGAGUAUGAACUCUCUCUACAAAGCACGCACCACUGGAAAGUACGUGGGCUUUGGCCAGGGCUUGACACAGAGGAGUUGGCAGGGAACCUAGUAGGCCCCAGACGCUGUUCUGGUCUGGCCCGCCACAUGUGCUCCAGAGCGCCACCUGCUAACAAAAGGUGGGACUUCCAACCUCACCAGAGGCCCCAGCAGAAGCACCAGGCCAACAGGAGCAGAGUAUGAUGCCCUAGCCCAGGCAGGCCCUCCAUCACCUCAUCUGCUACUCCACCUCCCACCAUCUGCUUCACAGAUGACCUGGCACAUUUCUUCCCCUUGUGGGAGGCUAUCACCUCAGACUCCUGGAUCCUCUCCAUCAUCAGGCUGGGGUACAGAAUAGAAUUCAACUCCCUCUCACCUCUUGGCCACAUCAGGAGCAUGACCCCAUUGCCUGCCCUAUGGGCGGAAGAACAAGCCAUACUGGACAAGGGGGCAAUUGAGUGUGUUUCUCCCUCUUACCACAGGGGCUUUUAGUCUAGGUACUUCACAGUACCCAAGCAAGAUGGGACUCCAAGGCCCAUACUGGACUUAAGGAAGGUGAACAAAUUCAUCACCCCUAAGAAGUUCAUGAUAGUCACACUGCAGGGCAUUCUCCCUCUCCUUAACCAAGGAGACUGGUUUGCCUCUCUAGACCUCAAGGACGCUUACUUCCAUAUUGCGAUCCACCCUGAGUUCAGGCAUUUUCUGCGCUUCCAAAUCGGCCAGUAGGCCUUUCUGUUCUGUGUCCUGCCCUUUGGGUUAGCCACGACUCCAUGCAUAUUCACCAAAUGUGUGGCAGUUGCUUGUGCCCACCUCAGGCUCCAAGGGAUUCGGGUUUUUCCCUACCUGGAUGACUAGCUCCUCGUGGCCCCAUCCAGGGAGGAUCUACUUCGCAGCCUGUCUCUGACACACUACUUCCUUUGGGACCUGGGGCUUCUCAUAAACCAUGACAAAUCUGUUCUCUCCCCUACACAAUCUGUACUCUUCAUAGGGGCUUGCCUGGAUGCCACCCUCACCAAAGCCUUCCACAACCUAGCUGCCAUCUUCCACCCCCCUGUACAAGAGUCCUCUAUAUUUGCCCACUCCCUGGCACACCACUUCCUCAGGGGCCUCCGCAACCUUGCCCCACCAAUCCGGCCCCACUCUCCCUCUUGGAGCCUCUCUGUAGUCCUGCAGGCCCUCACAAAGAGGCCCUUCGAACCAAUGGCUACAACAGACCUUAGGCUCCUGUCCUGGAAGACUGCCUUUCUGGUGGCCAUCACAUCAGCCCGACAUGCCAGUGAGCUAGCAGCCCUUCAGAUCGAUGCUCCCUUCACGAUGUUCCACAGGGACAAGGUUGUACUUCGUCUACAUCCAAACUUCACCCCAAAGGUGACAUCUUCGUUCCACCUGAACCAGGAAGUCAUCCUGCCCGCCUUCUUCCCCAACCCGUCCACCCCCAUUGAGGCCACCCUGCAUCUACUAGACAUCAGAAGGGCCCUCGCCUACUACAGGUCCAGGACUGAGACCAUCCGCCUCUCAGUGUGCCUCUUCAUUUGCUACGAGGGCCCCAAAGCCGGGGAAGCUGUCUCCAGCCAGAGACUAUCCAAAUAGAUCUCUAACACCCUCACCCUCACCUGGGACAGCGCGGUCUUCAGGCACUGAGGGAAUGGGUGGAAGCCGCCACCUAUGUACCACUCAGAGCACAGGGCGGUCCCUGCUCCCGCCCACUCCAUGGCGACCAGCUCUGGAAGUUCCCACCGGAUGAGGCCUACACUGCGCAUCAAGCCCCAUUGGUGUGUGAAUGCAUGAAUGACCACUUGAAGAACAACAGUUACAGGUUGUUAUGCCCUGUUAAUUCAGCUGUGGUACUUGCAUCAUAUGCAGUUCAGUCUCAGCUUGGAGACUACAAUGCUUCCAUCCAUCUCCCAGGAUAUCUUUCAGACCUUUGCUUUACACCAGAGCAAAAUACAGAUUUUCUAACCAAAGUAGAAUCAUUACAUGAACAGCACAGUGGCCUCAAACAAUCAGAAGCUGAAUCCUGCUACAUUAAUAUAGCAAGAACACUUGAAUUCUAUGGAGUAGAAUUACACAGUGGUAGAGAUUUGCAUAAUCUUGACCUAAUGAUUGGAAUCACUUCAGGAGGCAUUGCAGUAUAUCGAAAAUUCAUUUGUACAAGCUUCUAUCCAUGGGUGAAUAUAAUAAAAAUUUCUUUCAAGCGAAAGAAAUUCUUUAUUCAGCAGCAGCAAAAACAUAAUGAAUCCAGGGAACACACAGUAGCCUUCAAUAUGUUAAACUACCGAGCAUGCAAAAAUCUGUGGAAAUCUUGUGUAGAGCUUCACACAUUUUUCCAGGCAAAGAAGAUGCUACCUCAUGAAAAGAAAUUGCUCUCCCAUUAUUGGACCAUAGGUUCUAGAACCCCAACCAAAUCUAAUAUUCAGUAUUGCAGAAAAGUAAUAGGUGGCAUGAUUUGGAAUCCAGUUGUAAGGAGAUCCUUAUCUGCUGAUCAUCUAGAAACCAAAAGCCUGCCGUCUCGGUCUCCUCCAGUUACACCAAAUUGGAGAAGUCCCAGACUGCGCCAUGAGAUUCGUAGACCACCACAUUCAUCUGUAGACAAUCUAGCAAAUGAGAUUUCCUACAUAACAGAAACAGAAGAUGUCUUUUAUACCUAUAAAGUUUCCCCAGCUUCAAAGGGUAGUGAUUCAGAGUUGUCACAGAACCACAGCCCAGGGAGAAGGAAUAUAUUGGAAAAUAAUUCAGCACAGAAUCCAUCAUCCCAAACAGUCAAUGGAGUUGGCAACCUUUCUGGGUCUUCUCCUUUGGAUGGAACAGAUAAGCAAUUUUUAGAAACAAAUGAACAUGCUAGAAAAGGACUUUUAAUUGAUGAUUCUAAUCAGUACUACUUUGAUAAGAAUGACAUUAUUGAUGGCGACUUGCUUUUAAUACACAUUUUGCCAGAUGAAGAUGGGAAAUUUGGGUUUAAUCUGAAGGGUGGUAUUGACCAGAAGAUGCCUCUAGUUGUGUCCAGAAUAAUCCCAGGCUCUCCUUCUGAUAAGUGCAUUCCAAAACUGCUUGAAGGUGACCAGAUAGUAUUAAUCAAUGGACGAGACAUCUCUGAACACACUCAUGACCAAGUGGUGAUGUUUAUAAAAGCCAGCAGAGAGUCACACACGAGAGAGCUUGUGCUUCUGAUCAGGCGGAAAGUUGUCAGGCCAUUUAUUGAGUGCAAAUCCGAGGAUGAAGCUGAUAGCUUUAAAUUUCCAGAAACAAUUCUUCCCACCUGUUUGGAGUAUGGUGAGACCCUUGAGGAAUCAAUGGAACAACUGAAGAAAGGACUAGAAAGUGGAACAGUCCUAAUUCAGUUUGAGAGUUACCUCUUCAGUCCAUCUUGUGCGCCUUCUGCUACCUUGCUUCUUUAUCUGUGGACAAAGUGGGUCUUGUCUCUGCCUCCUAAGCAACUUUAUAGGAAAAAGCCAGGAUUAACUGUUACUUCUGCAAAGCUACCUCAGAAUAUGGACAAAAAUCGGUACAAAGAUGUUCUGCCAUAUGAUAAAACCCGAGUAAUAUUAAAGGGAAAUGAUGAUUAUAUAAAUGCAAAUUAUGUGAAUAUGGAAAUUCCUUCUGCUGGCAUUAUGAACAAAUACAUUGCCACUCAAGGCCCUCUUCCACACACAUGUACACACUUCUGGCAAGCAGUUUGGGAUCAUCGAGUAUCACUGAUUAUUAUGUUGACAACUCUCACAGAACGAGGGCGGACCAAAUGUCAUCAUUAUUGGCCUGAUCCUCCAGAUGUUGUGGAGUAUGGUAACUUUCGUGUCAAAUGUCAAUCUGAAGAUUGCACCAUUGCAUAUGUGUUUAGAGAAAUUGUUGUUACAAAUAUUGAGACAGGAGAAGAACAUACAGUCAGUCAUCUCCAGUAUGUGGCUUGGCCUGAUCAUGGUGUCCCUGAUGAUUCUACAGACUUCUUGGAAUUUGUGACCUGCAUAAGAGCAAAGAGGGUGGAGAAUGAGCCAGUGCUUGUACACUGCAGUGCUGGAAUAGGCCGGACUGGAGUAUUGGUUGCUAUGGAAACAGCUAUGUGCUUAAUUGAAAGAAACCAACCUAUUUACCUACUGGAUAUUGUAAGAAAAAUGCGAGACCAUCGGGCUAUGAUGGUACAAACAUCAAACCAGUACAAAUUUGUUUGUGAAGCUGUUCUUCAUGUUUAUAAAGAAGGAAUAGUUCGCCCACUGGAUUCGAGCUAGCAUUACUGUGAAGAUAUGAAAUUCAUCAUUCUAAAGCCCACAUGGUUUGUGGUUAUAAAUGAGGGUGGAGUUAACCAAGGCUCUCAGGAAGCCAAUGCAAGCUUGUACUCUGGCACUUUAAAAUUCUAUAGAAAAUUAUUGAACAAUGUACUAAAUUCAGGAGGCAGGUAGGCUUGCAAAGGCAUAUGAUGUGGAACAUAUGCACAGAGAAAACCAGGAAAGCUUCAUGUACCCUCUGUGUGCACUUUUUAUUGCCUUAAAACGUGUUUCAUUAGAACUUACUGUAAUUCCACUGUCAACUGGAAAAGACCAAUUAGCAAUAGCAAUGGAAAAGCAAUCCUGUUAUGUGAAGAGCCAAGUGCCUUCAUCUCCUAGAGAGCUGAGUACCCUGAAGCUCACACAAAAUUGAGUGAAACAUCCAAUAAAGGGUAGUAUUAGCAAUGUAAUUUAAGUUAUGAAACAUUUUAAAGGAGUGCCAAAAGCUGGAGUAAUGAAGUUGUAGCCUCUGUAAAUCUAUCUGCAUCACCAUUAAAUCUUCAUAAACCAAGCAUAGAUUGCGUGAUAUACCGAAUAGUGCAAUGAUACGGCUUUAUGUGAGAGAAGAUGUAAUCUGUAUCUCCCUUUGGUUAUUUUCAUGUGCCCUCUAUGUCUGUAUAGCUCUUCACUUUCUAGUUUGUUGUUUGGUUUGGUGAUGUUUUUAAAUUAAGUUUGGAUGGAAGACCUGUUUUCCUGUCUGUCUCCAAGUCUGUUAACCUCCAGAUACAGAUGACAAGUGAUUGUUGCACCUAGCUGCUUAAAUGUCUUUGCUGUUAGUAUAAAAGAAUCAAUCCAGUGCUGGAGACCUAUUUACUGCUGAAAUGAGUAAACUGUUGCUGCUAAAAUGUAAAGGACAUAGGUGUUCAUAUCUAAAAUACAGACUGCAUUGUCCUUCACAAGAAUGUUUGUUCUUUUAACUGUGGGGCACUUCUUUCAUCACUGUCAAAGCAUCAUGACUUUUGCAAAGCCCACUCCUUUGCAUUAGACUUCCCAGCUACAUAAUGCCUGCAUCCUUCUAUUACAUCAUUGGGUCCAGUCUCCUGGAAAUGUCACAAAUUAAUAUCAGUUUCAUAUUGUGGGCAACUAUUCUUCACAUUUGGAAGGAUCUAUGAAAUAGAUACUUUGUCUUACAUGCAGAUAUACAAGGGAAAAAAACAGGUUGUCCUUUCAGUUACAAAAACGCUAUGUUGGAGGAAAACAAAAGCUGCGUGGAAUUAAGUGGCCCUUAUUCAAAUUUUCCAUGGAAAGCAUUUAUUUAACUAAAAAGGAUAAGACCUAGAUUGUUCCUGUUGAAGAACAUUGCUUGUUCUUCGUGGUCUCUGUGCAUCACACAUAAUGGGUGCUGUGCCUGCACAGUGCCUGUUGCCGGGUAGAAUACAAAAGCUUUAACAGAUUUUGGCGGGAAUGCCGCACCCCUCCCCUGCAGUGCUAUAAAGGGCGGAGCACCUGCCAUUUCCCCCAGUCUUCUUUCGACUGCCAAUUGUACUGCCUAGAGCCGUUCGUUGUCGUUCAUAUCUCUCUUUAAUCGCCUUUCUCUUCCUCUUCUAGUUAAGAUAAUCCAAGUUUUAUUACCCUUACCUUCCCUAGUUAAACACUCCCUUUUUUCUUACUAAAUUUUUUUUUUAAAUUACCUCUUACCGUAUACUAUCCUUCUUCGCUAUCUUCCUCCUCGAUGGCUCAGUGCGCAGCUUUUUGAAAGUGCUCUAAAUGUGAGGCCAAAAUGUCCCCAACGGACCCGCAUGAGCUUUGCCUCCUAUGCCUGGGAGAGGGACACCACACUAACAAAUGUGGCCAUUGCCAGGCGUUUACCAAGCAAGCCCAGAGAAAUCGGGAGAAUCAGCUGAGGAAGAUCCUUUCGGAUCAGGCCCUGAUAGCCUCUGAUGAGCUUGCCAACCAGGCCGCUCCAGCUGGCCCCUCCAUGGUGACCUUCCCUCGUCCACCAUCUGAGGGAGCUGCUUCCAGGGAGACCUCUCGCUCCUCCCAUUCCUCCUCACUCAAACAAAAGGAGAAAAGGAAGCACACCGGCCAAGGGGAUCUGUCAAUCUCGAAAAAAUCUAAGAAGGACAAGACUGACAAGGCCAGCCUCAAGCACCAUAAGCCUGCCCAGGAACCACGCCAAAACUCAGGUUCGAUCACUCCAUCGGUCCAGAUAGCCUCAUCAGUCCCGAUGCCUUCGACACUGACACCGCAGGCUAUGAGGCAAGUUAUGCUGCCUGGAUCCUCUCAGAGGGUCACAUCACCGGCUCCUACAGCGCUGGAUCCCCCUGAGCCCAUCGUUCAUGGAUCAAUGUCCAACGGGGAAAUUCGAGACUCACCUCCACAGUUGAUACCGAGCCAUCAGCCUGCUCGCUCUCCAACGCCGAUGCCAUUGUCACCUGAGGCAUCCCCAAGGCCUCCCCCACCGGCUGUUGUGAAUGACAGCUCACUAUGUAAACAACCCACAUGUUCGCGAGCAAUAAAACUAAAGUCUUUUAUUGCUACUUAUCUACAAGAUUUACAACACUACAGAUAAGCUCUACUGUUAAGGUCUUUACAAGGCAGAUGCUAACUCCUUAGUGACAUCUCUCAGGGAGCCCAUGUGGGACUAGCUAUCUUGGCCCCACCUUUCCUCCCUGAGGUGGGACAAAGCUUCCUUUUGCUCCAAUCUGCAUAAAGAACGUCUAAGGGUUGUGCGGGAAAGAUCUACUCCGCCUCCUGGGUCUCCUGUGUCAUGCUCAGAAGGUUCAGUGUCAGGAGGAAGGGGGCAGUCUGCUCAGGCUCUCUAUGAGCAGAACUCACAGUGUCUUUUCCCUCGGAGCUCUCUUGGUCUGACGUAGGCUCAGCUGUUUGCUCAAUGGGUAAAGGGUCUAGAUGAGGUAUGGCUAUCUGUUCAGCCAUUCCCAAGCUAGGUUAUGGAAGGGACAUUUGGCUACAGGGUCUCAAGCACAAAUUCUCCUCAUGAGGUGCUGCUUCUGUCGGGGCGUCAGGCACGACACCGGCCGACUCCCACUGCCACCACUGCACCUCAGGCCAAUCCGCCAGGAGCUGGGUACCGAUGCCCUUGAACCGCCUCGACUCUAUUACUGCAGCUAUCUGCCUCCGUAUGGCUACUACCCCAUGCCACCGGUCCUGUCCUACCAGGGCUGAAGCGCCUUCCACCUCGGCACCUGCAACUUCCCAUCUUCCCCCCGUCUCCAUUCCAGUCGUCCUCCAGCCCUCCAUAUCUUUGCGAUUCGGACUCUGAGGACUCAGACUGAUUCUCUACAUCUCCUGACACGGUCAUCUCCACUCAGAGACCUGGGUGCCCUGAGGAGUCUUACACAAACUCAUGAGGAGUCUCACCCAGUCCCUGGAGAUUGAGGUCGAGCAUCGGCCGAUCACCAACAAAGACAAUUUUUACGACAUAGUUUGUAAAGAACAAUCCUCUGCCAUCUCCAUCCCGCUCAUCACCACCCUUCAAGAAGCUAUGGAGGAUACUUGGGCAUUCCCUAGCCAGCUGCACCCGAUGUCCAGGAGGUACGAGUUGAUGUAUAAUGUUUGGAAACAAGACAUAACAUUCUUCUUGAAACACCCAAAACCUAAUUUGAUUGUGGUCGAGUUUUCCCAUGGGGCGAGACAACAGAGAGCACUCAACCCCUAGAGACAAAGAAGGCAGAAAGAUAGACCUAAUGGCAUGCCACAUCUAUGCAGCCAUGGCACUGGGUCUCUGGAUCUCAAAUUACGAGGCAACAAUGGCCAGAUAUCCGUACUUCCUGAUGCAAUGGCUAGAAUCCAUCACCUCUACUAUUAAGGAGCAACAGCGUGACCUGGCCCGUGUUUUUAUCCAGGAAGCCAUGCAGCUCUCCAUCCAGCAGCUCACCACAGCCCGCCAUCAUGUUGAUUGCAACUCCGCAUACUCGUUGGAUCCAUCACCCUCCGCCAGCACACCUGGCUAUGUUCCUGCAAUUUCCCCAACGAGACCAAGCGCCGGAUUGAGGGAAUGCCCUUCGAUGGCACACGGACCAUAAGCUCGAACACAUUUACAACGCUCGAGCUACCACUCAGAAGAUGGAGAUUCCGAAUUCUAACUGUUGUAAGUGGUCCCAGUCUCGCUAUCCUUGAUACCAGCCCUACCAUCGCUACCAACUGCACCAGCAAUACCAGCCAUGCCAGUAGCGCAACCGGGGCCAACCUGCUGCACAAAAGUAGCAGCGUUGACAGGCUGCGUGAGCUGAUCUUCUCUCUCCCCUUCCACCCUCCCCCCUCCCUUUUGGGGACUGGCUGCAAAGCUGACUCCCCAUUUGGGAGUCCAUCACAUCUAAUAAAUGGGUACUUUCCAUCAUUGAAAAUGGAUAUAAGAUCAAGUUCAACACUGUGCCCCCCUUGGGACUGAUCCAAUACACCUCCCCAUCAGAGGUCCUCAGAGAUGAAAUAUCCCAACUACUCCGCAAAGGAGCGAUUCAGCGAAUCUCCCAUUCUGAGGAGCUUCAUAGCUUCUAUUCCAGAUACUUUAUGGUCCCAAAAAGGGACGGUGGUCUACGCCCCAUACUCAACCUACGGGGCGUCAAUACAUUUAUUACAACUAAAAAAUUUCGCAUGACCACCCUUCAAAAUAUCCUCCCCUUACUAGAGAGAGAAGACUGGUUCACAUCCUUAGAUUUAAGAGAUGCUUAUUUCCAUAUCAGCAUCCACCCUUCUCACAGGCAGCUUCUCCGCUUCACGGUUGGAUCCGAUAUCUUUGAAUAUAACGUCCUUCCUUUUGUUCUUGCUACAGCUCCAAGAGUUUUUACAAUGUGCAUGGCGCUGGUCUGCACCCACCUUUGUCUACAAAGUGUACAAAUUUACCCCUACUUAGACGAUUGGCUCAUUGUCUCCUCCGCUCAAGACCAACUCCUUUCCUCCAUCGACACUACAUGUACUCUGCCGAAUGACCUUGGACUAUGUAUUAAUGCUGAAAAAUCCUAUCUCACUCCCUUGCAGGUCAUCGAAUUCAUCGGGGCACACCUCAAUUCCAUUCAGGCAAAGGCGUUCCUCCCAUGGGCUCAGAUGGAGAACCUUCGCUUCUCCACCAGGCGCAUCCAGAAGGACAGACAAACUCCGGCAUUGUCCAUCCAGAAGCUCCUCGGGCACAUGGCCUCGACAAUUACAGUCAUUCCGAACACCAGACUCCGGAUGCGACCGCUUCAGCUGUGGUUCAACAUCGUGUUCCGUCCACAUCGUGACUCCCCGAGACGGCCGCUUCUACCUCCCGCCUCGGUUCAUCAGGCCCUGACUUGGUGAAUGAACAAGUACAAUCUCACAGUAGGUGUACCAUUCCAGCAACAACAGCCCUCAGUAUCGCUCCAUACUGAUGCUUCCCUUAUGGGCUGGAGAGCACAUUGCGCCAACCUCCUUACCCAAGGCACCUGGCAGGCCCACAAAAAGACCGAGCACAUCAAUAUUCUCGAACUGCUUGCUGUGUUCAAAGCUCUGCGCUCCUUUGAGCCCACUCUUCUGAACCGGUCAAUACAGGUAGCCUCCUACAACGUGGUCACUGUCUUUUACAUAAACAAACAGGGUGGCACGAAAUCAGUACUGCUAGCCCAUCUGGCUCUACAGAUUUGGAAAUGGUGCAUCCCCAGAGGGAUCACCUUGCUCAUGGUUCAUCUGGCUGGGGUGGACAACGAGGAGGCAGACACUCUCAGCAGGAAGAUGUCCUCAACCCACAAGUGGGAGUUGGAUGACCGCAUUUGCAGGGACCUUUUCACCCGUUGGGGCACCCCAUCCUUAGACUUGUUUGCCACAGCCAUCAAUUUGAAGUGCCGGACCUACUGUUCCCGGGCAGGAAGGGGCCCGAACUUGCUGGGCAAUGCCAUGAUGGUGAGUUGGUCGAAUUCAUUUCUCUACACAAUCCCUCUGAUUUCAUUAAUUACAUGGACCCUAGAGAAGGCUGCCCACGACAGGGCACAGGGCAUUCUUAUCACACCGUGGUGGCCACACCAGCCUUGGUUCCCGACCAUCCUCAACCUCUCCUGCCGAAUGUUUUUCCGUCUACCGCGAGUCCCUCACCUGAUCACACGGGAGCGGGGGGCGAUCCUCCAUCCCAAUCUCGAUUCCCUCAACCUCACCACAUGGCUCCUUCACUGACUGCUCCCUGUCACCCACCUUCUCAUCCAUGACUCAUCCAUCGGUACCAGAACCAUGGUCGGUGCCGACCAAACCUCUUCAAACCAUUUCCGUCCCGACUUCUCUACAGCCGGAGAUUACCUUCAUACUACAAUCCGCCCUACGACCAUCUACCCACCGGUCAUAUGAGAAUAAGUGGAAAUGCUUCACCGCCUUCGCGGAGACCAACCAGUUUCCUCCUCAUUCUGCUUCCAUCGAAAAUAUCCUCUCCUUCCUGCUCUCCCUACACCAAGAUGGCCUUAAACCCACCUCGAUUAGAGUGUAUAUCACGGCGAUUUCCCACUUUCAGGGCCCUUUAUCUGAAUCCUCAGUGUUUUCUCGCAUGCUCAUCUGUUGCUUCCUCAAGGGACUACAGAAUCUCCAGCCACCAACCUGACCCUUGGUCCUGACCUGGAGACUGUCAGUAGUACUUCAGGACCUCACCAGAGCCCCCUUCGAACCAUUGAUGACAAAUGACCUAAGAUUGUUAUCAUGGAAGACUGCCUUCCUGGUUGCCAUUACUUCCGCCAGGAGAGCAAGUGAACUAUGUGCUCUCCACGUAGACCCACCCUACCUUAACUUUCAUAAGGAAAAGGUUAUCCUACGUACUGACCCGGCAUUCCUACCUAAGGUCACAACAGCCUUUCAUGUCAAUCAGGACAUCAUCCUCCCAGUGUUCUUCCCCACUCCCUCGACCCCGAUAUAGAAAUCCCUC